UUCCCCAUCCCUCUCCAUUGCCGGCUCAGAGGCAGCCGGAUGUAAACAGGCGUGUUGGCUCUGCUAGGCGGGUGGGCUCGGUGCAUUUCGACCUGUUCCCUGCUCCGAGGCUUUCCGAGGUUUGAAAGGACCCACUUGUGCUUUUCAUUUCAUUUAUUUCCCCCCUUUUUAUUAAAAAAAAAAAAUAGCCGCGGGAGGAUGCGGCGAGUGUCAGUGUGUGGUAGUGGUCGCUGCGUUACCUCCCCAUGGUAGCCAGUGUCAGAGUCGGUAAUGACGCUGGGGGUACGGCCACCACCGCUGCUCCCGCUUGUCUCCCCGGGAGCCUCCGGGCUUGGCUUGCAGCUCCUUCCCCAAGAACGUGAGCGGCUGGGGCUACACGCCUCUCAGAUUGCCCCAGCUGUUGAGUUAAUAUCUGGUAACUCUUUGGCAAGUUGGCGCCUGUCCGCUUCCGCGUGGGUCCUGGACAGGUCCGCAAGUGAAGGGCGCUAAUCUUUUUGAUUUGUCAUCAGAGAGAGCCUUUUCGGUUAAUCUCUCCAUUUUCUCAAUGCCUGGUGCCUUUAUGGAUACGCGGAGCUUUAAAAAAUACAGUUGUAAGGUUGAAGGUACUUAACACAGGGAGGCUGCUGUUUGAGUGAAAUAGCGUCAUAAGGAAGGGUUUCUGUCUGUUUUUAAGUUGUGAGUCUUCUCACAUCUUGCUCGCUGUGCCUCCCGAACUAAUACAUGAUAAACAGUGAUGAUAAAGGCCGAGGGAAUCUGUAUAUGGGAGCCUAAGUCUGCACCUUUAUUUCACUUGUAGCAUGAUUUAAACAAAAAAGAAAAAGCUAAAAUGGCAAUUGUAUAUUAGGGGAAUCCAUUGUUUUUCUUAAGGAAUCAGGUUUCUUUAGGGCUCAAAGGAAAAUCUAAACAUGAGACUCCAGUGGAAAGGUUGGCCAGAAGAUUUACUUGGAGGAAAUGAAGCGUGGGCAACACUCAGCCUCUCUCCACUGGCCAAUGGAGUUUCAGUAGAACUAGUCAGGAAAAGUUUCCUUAAGUAGAUAAGAGCCAGAGAAGAGAAAGCCAACAGGGUAAAGGCUCCCACUGUGGACACCUCUUCUGACACUUCAAGUGGAUUUAGACCAAAGAGUGCAGGAAACCAUAUAAUCCUGAGUAUGUGUCUUUGAGAUAAAAGCAGAUACAUUAAGUCACUCAAAUUUAAAUCAAAGAGUGAUUGCCUGCAUUUCCCAUUAUGUCAGCAGCAUCUUGUCUGUUUCUUAUACGCUUUUUCUAUAAUGAUAAAAUUUAUCAUCUAUCUGGGGCUUUGUGGAACCUGGGUAGGAAUGCUUUCACAUACCGAGAAAGGGAACCCUUCCUUCCCUCCCCCACCAAUACAUAGACACACCUGGAGCCCACAGGACUGAUAAUGAAAAAAGACAAUAAGUGGAUUCCUACUGUUGUAGUUUUCCUGCUUUCUGCAUGCCUUUAGAUGGUACUUAAGCACGUUGCUCUUAGCAACAAGAGUCCACAGGAAUGCUUGUUUCUUUGGAUGAAAUUAAAUGGGUCCCUGUAUCAUUGGAAACGUGUGUGUGUUCAGUUGCUCUGCUUCAAGCAUUGUAAGUGCCACAGUUUGGUAGUUUUGCCCAAUAUUUUGAGUAGUACAACCUACUUAUUUGGAAUACCGAGGUGUCUUCUGAACUGUGUUUGUGAAUGAGUGUCUUAGUGUGUUUGAGGGCUAAGGGGGGGGGGGGUAGAAGAAAGCUGGGAGCCAGAAAACGACCACCAAUACUCUAAAGAUUUAAUUAUUGCUGCUCUGGUCUUGCAGCAUAAUAUUUGCUGAAUCAUUAGAUUGUUACAUUCGCUGAUCAUUUCAUAUCUUCAUAUUAAAAAUCUUGGCGACUGUAGCAGACUGUGUAGCAGCUUUCCAAAAGAGCUGACGCACACACAAAAAUACAUUUUCCUAGACCAGUGCUUACUAAGAAUGUCCGUAAGAAAUAGGGGAGUAGGAAAACACCUUCACACCUAUGCCUUGCUACCUUAAACCAACUGACCAGUUUCUAGAUAACCUGUUAUUUUCUCCAUUAACUUCAAACAUCUUCCACGCGGAGAUCCAUUUUCUUUGGUUUGUGACUCGAGUGGUGAAGGAUUGUGUACAUUAUAACCAUUGGAACAUUUCCCUGAUGGAGAUAUUUUGAUGCAGUGGCGGGAGUUUUAUUUUCUUCUGGGAAAAACCUGUUCUGAAUGAAGUGGAGGUUGGUUGCGCGCAUAUGAGCCACUCUUGAGAAAUGUUAUUUUCAACUUCAGCUGAAAAGGUGAACCAGAGGCUCACCGCUGGCCCGGAGCCUUGGAAGGGAAGGGGGUUGACUCGCUAGUGGAGCAGCUGCCUCUGGGGCGCGGGUGAGGAGGUGGCCUCCAGCCUCUUCCCCCUCCGACCCUGGUGUGGCCUCUGCCAGCCGCUCGGCGCCUCUGCAGCGGCACUAUGGCAACGGCGGGCCCAGUUCGGCUACCGCCCCAUCCUCAGACCCCUUUCCCGUAGGUGGUGGAAAACCACCUUCGUGGGCUCUAAGCAGUCCUUUCCCGGUUUUCCCCGUUCCCGCUAUGACGGUGACUUGACCCUGCGUCCUCCUACCAACGGGUGUGGAUAGGGGAGCAGCUUAGGGUACUGACUGCUACUUGCCGAGUCCCUCGCUACCCCCGCCCAUCUUCUGGAUGGACGAUCAGUCUCUCGCUCGCUCUCUGUCUUUCUCACAAACACACUCGCUCGCGCGCCGACAAAUGCACUCUCGGGAGGCACGUCCACCACUCUGGCACAAUGACUCCUCUUUGGUUCCCAGGAAAACUUCCUGCAGUCGUGUGCGCCAGCGCCUGUAUCCCGGCGCCCCCUCCCCCUCGCCUGACCUGGGGCUGCACACCCGGGCCUGCUUCUCCGAAGAUGCUUUGCAAACACUUCUGGGGGACCGUCUCCCGAGCGCCGACUCCAGGUAGCUUUCCCGAAGCUUUCGGGCAGCCCGGAGCGAUGGGGGAGCAACCUGAGGAUCAGCCUAGGGUCAGCUCCUCGCCCGUGGGCGGGCCGGCGUUGCGCCUCGGGUGGGUCUUGGCGGAUUCCCCUCCCAAGAUCUUGGUUUGGCCCAGCCUGCCUUCUCCAGGGCGGCCACCCAGCGGGCGCGUGUACACGGUGGAGCUUGCACAGUUAGAGGGUUAGUUUCCCCGCUCCAGGUUAGGUCGAACGUUCCGGGGUCGGCGUUUCCAUGCGCGGAACUGCCACGCCCCCGUGGGCCCUCUCUGGUGCGCUUCGGCCCCGCAGCCGGCGGCGGGGGCGGGCGAUGUAAACGAGGCACCUUUGUCUCCCCGCAGCUGCGGCCCGGCCCAGCCGGCGGUUGGAGGGGCGCAGGCGGCAUCCUUCCGUCCCCGGGGGCUUGGGCCCCACUGCCUCGUUCUCCCGAAGUGACAGUGGCUCGGAGGUGGUAUUUUUGAAUAUGUGGAAUCUGGCCCAAUGGGAGCUGAGGAACUUGCAUUCAGAUUUGCUGUGAACACAAUCAACAGAAACAGAACCUUGUUGCCCAACACCACCCUAACCUAUGACACCCAGAAGAUAAACCUCUAUGACAGUUUUGAAGCAUCCAAGAAAGCCUGUGAUCAGCUGUCUCUUGGGGUGGCUGCCAUCUUCGGGCCUUCACACAGCUCUUCGGCAAAUGCAGUUCAGUCUAUCUGCAAUGCUCUGGGGGUUCCCCACAUCCAGACCCGCUGGAAGCACCAGGUGUCAGACAACAAAGAUUCCUUCUAUGUCAGCCUCUACCCAGACUUCUCCUCACUCAGCCGUGCCAUUUUGGACUUGGUGCAGUUCUUCAAGUGGAAAACUGUCACAGUUGUCUAUGAUGACAGCACUGGUCUCAUUCGCUUGCAGGAGCUCAUCAAAGCUCCAUCAAGAUACAAUCUUCGACUUAAGAUCCGUCAACUACCUGCUGAUACAAAGGAUGCAAAACCCUUACUGAAAGAGAUGAAAAGAGGCAAGGAAUUCCAUGUCAUCUUUGACUGUAGCCAUGAAAUGGCAGCAGGCAUUUUGAAACAGGCAUUAGCUAUGGGAAUGAUGACAGAAUACUACCAUUAUAUCUUUACCACACUGGACCUCUUUGCUCUUGAUGUGGAACCCUAUCGAUACAGUGGUGUUAACAUGACAGGGUUCAGAAUAUUAAAUACAGAAAAUACACAAGUCUCUUCCAUCAUUGAAAAGUGGUCCAUGGAACGGUUGCAGGCACCUCCGAAACCCGACUCAGGUUUGCUGGAUGGAUUUAUGACGACUGAUGCUGCUCUCAUGUAUGAUGCUGUGCACGUGGUGUCUGUGGGUGUCCAGCAGUUUCCCCAGAUGACAGUCAGCUCCUUACAGUGCAAUCGACACAAACCCUGGCGCUUUGGGACCCGCUUCAUGAGCCUAAUUAAAGAGGCACAUUGGGAAGGCCUCACAGGCAGAAUAACUUUCAACAAAACCAAUGGAUUGCGAACAGAUUUUGAUUUGGAUGUGAUCAGCCUCAAGGAAGAAGGUCUGGAAAAGAUUGGAACUUGGGAUCCAGCCAGUGGCCUGAAUAUGACAGAAAGUCAAAAGGGAAAGCCAGCCAACAUCACAGAUUCCUUAUCCAAUCGUUCUUUGAUCGUUACCACCAUUUUGGAGGAACCCUAUGUUCUGUUUAAAAAGUCUGACAAACCUCUUUAUGGAAAUGAUCGAUUUGAGGGCUAUUGCAUUGACCUCCUCAGAGAGCUAUCUACAAUCCUUGGCUUUACAUAUGAAAUUAGACUUGUGGAGGAUGGAAAAUAUGGAGCCCAGGAUGAUGCCAAUGGACAAUGGAAUGGAAUGGUCCGUGAACUAAUUGAUCAUAAAGCUGACCUUGCAGUUGCUCCACUGGCUAUUACCUACGUUCGAGAGAAGGUCAUCGACUUUUCCAAGCCCUUUAUGACACUUGGAAUAAGUAUUUUGUACCGCAAGCCCAAUGGUACAAACCCAGGCGUCUUCUCCUUCCUGAAUCCUCUCUCCC